UAGGGUAGAGGGCAGGGCCUGCCAACCACACCCUGUAGCAUGUAGGGACCCAGGGAUGCCUGAAACCAAACACAUUUCUCAACCUAAGACGGGCUUCUGUAACUACACAUUGCCUUGGCUGACGAGUCACACUCCAGCUGUCUCCGUAGGGCACUGAACGAACUGAGAGGGCUGUUAUUGGCCACUGUCAUCUCGCUUAGUAAUAAAUUGUGCAGUCGCUUAUAAAAAUGCACAUGAUGCUCUCUACCAAUAUCUAGAGGUCUAUGCAUGAGGUGUAUAAUACAUAAACAUAGAUAGCGAAUAAAAUACAAGAGAAACAGCCAUGGUGGUGGUGGUGCUUGCCUCUAAUCCCAGCACUGUGGUUUAGGCUGAUAGAUCUCAAGUUCUAGACCAACCCUCAAGACAUAGUCUGACCUUGUUUCAACAAACAAACUGCCAGCACCAGAGGCAUGGAAACAAGUCUGUCGUGGAAAACGCUGAGUUAUUGUUUUACUGGGAUAAGGCAGAACUAAUCACGGUUCUAUGCGAGACGUUGAAACCCAAUCCUGGGGGCCUGCUGUACUUGAGGAAUUACCUGGGACCAGAAAGCCCUAGUUGUAAAAUUUAAAAUUUGUGGGGUACUUUAAACCGGCCCCAAAUUUUCUUCCCUGUUUGCUGUGGUCCACUUGAGGCUACAUGCCAGAAAGGGAUCAGUAAUGUUUGUCUCUUUUGCUAGAAGAAUAUGCAGCUAUGUAAUUUUAUUUAGACAGACUAUUGGCAGGUGAGUAAUAUCAGUGGAUAUUUUUCUAACUUGGAGAAUUUACUGAGCUGUGUUUGUAUUUUAUCCUGCUUUCCUGGCUGUAUUGUACUCACAGGGACAUUGCACUCAGAGGCACUAUGGAGCGAUGCCUUCAAAAUAAGUUUGUUUUAAUUAAGGUUUUUUAAAAAUUUCAUAUCUUGUAUAUAUUCUAGCUAGCCAAUAUACUUAGUUACUAAUGCUCGUGCUUGGGACUUCAAACAUAGUAAAGCAUUGAGGUGAUAUGGUGUGAAAUAGUUCAGGCUUAUUCCUUAUUAUAAAUCUAAUCUUUUGCACCACUUUACUCAGGGAAUAUAUAUUCGAAGAAACCCAAAGCCAGCUGGACUAGUUCCUGAGUGAGUAUUUCUUCCUGUUUGCCAUUGUUUUGAAGGGGAUACCUUCUGGAUCAGAAUUAAAAUGCGCUGGUUUCAAGGAAAUAGCCUGCAGAUUGCCAAAUCCUCCUUUGGACUCUUGCGAAAUCUCUCUGCCUCUAACACAGCUCUGCCUGUGCUGACCUUAUUCACAAAGGAUCCGUGCCCGCUUUGUGAUGAAGCCAAAGAAGUUCUCAAGCCUUAUAAAGACAGGUUUAUUUUACAGGAGGUGGACAUCACACUUCCAGAAAAUUCCACUUGGUAUGAAAGGUAUAAAUUUGACAUCCCUGUCUUCCAUCUGAAUGGCCAGUUUCUGAUGAUGCAUCAAGUAAACACCUCAAAGCUUGAAAAACAGCUUCUGAAACUUGAGCAGCAGAGUACCCGUGCUAAGCCGUCCUGGAACCCAGCUUCAGUGGAGUAAAUGUUCUUCCACUCACUAAAGUGGAAUGCGAAUUGUUAAUAGCUGCACAUAGUCAGCAAAGGGAGGUGUUAAUGACUACAUCUGCAUGCAGCCUGUUUCAGUAGAAUUUAAUAAUACCUGCUUAGAAUUAGCGUUCACUUUUGUUGAGUAGACCAGAAUAAUUAUCUGAGCCAAAAAGGCUUCACUUCAGAAAGAGAAAAGAGACUUAAGCCUCCAGAAUGUAUUAUAAAAGACUCAGCUGUACAUGUAAUGUUGAG